UUCAAAGCCUCGUCUCCUCGUGUAUUUAUAAAAGCCCCACCCUUGUUUAUCCUCCUUGUAAUAAUCCAACAACUUCUUUGUCUCUCUCUCUCUCUCACACCCUAUCUAUCUCAUCAAUCCCUUACCUCUCCAUCUAAGCUAAUUACACCUCUUUUUCUUCUUUAGAGUUAGAAUCUAAUCUAGUAACCAGUGGCAAUUGGUGAAUAUAUAUCAAUGGAUGUAAAAGGAAGAGGAGGAAGCAACAACAACACCGAUACAACAAUCAUGAGUGAGGAUGAGAUGGACCUCCGAAGAGGCCCUUGGACUGCGGAUGAGGACCUCACCCUCAUGAAUUACGUUGCUACUCAUGGUGAAGGUCGUUGGAACACCCUCGCCCACUCAGCCGGCCUCAAGAGAACUGGGAAGAGUUGCAGAUUGAGGUGGCUGAACUAUCUCCGUCCUGAUGUUCGACGAGGAAACAUCACACUUGAAGAACAACUCUUGAUUCUCGAUCUUCAUUCUCGCUGGGGAAAUAGGUGGUCAAAAAUUGCUCAGUAUUUACCGGGAAGAACCGAUAAUGAGAUCAAGAACUAUUGGAGAACCCGAGUACAAAAGCUUGCAAAACAACUAAAAUGUGACGUGAAUAGCAAGCAAUUCAAGGACACCAUGCGCUACCUUUGGAUGCCAAGGCUUGUAGAACGCAUCCAAGCAGCCGCCACCGCAACCGCCACGACAACCAAUUCAAGCUCUCCAACUCUAUCCACCAUCACCACCACCACCACUGUCACCGCCACUAACACCCACGACGACAACAUGAAAAUGGGGUUAAGUACUCCUCCAGCUUCAUCUUCAUCAGACUCGUUUGGGACUCAGGUUUCAGAAUUGAGUGAUUAUUAUCAACCCCCUCAACUUGGCUCUGAUUAUUGCAUCAGAAGCCCCUCUGCAGGGUUGUUCUUCCCUCAGGGAAUGGAUUUUCAAACCACCGUGGUGGAGCCAAACACGCCGUGGAUGAUGAUCCAAAGCGGUGGGGACUCUUCCGACAGCUUUUGGAACGCGGAAAACAUGUUGCUUUUACAGCAGCAGCUCAUGAAUUAGUUAGUUAAAACAUGUGAAAAACAUUGGAGUGAGAAAGAGGGGAAUUUUCAAAAAAAAAAGGAAGGGGCAGUUUUGAAAUACAAAGAAUUGAAAGGAUAGAAACAUCAAAUAAAAUAAAUUCAUAUGUAGGGCACAUGGCACGUAGGGUCGAUCUAUGUAUGUUCAACAUAUAUAAAUCUGAAACUGUGAAUUAAUUGGGGGAAUUAUUUAUCAGUUUGUAUUUUUUUUUUCUUCAAUAUUAGAGGUGGUGGUGGAAUUGGAAAGAUUGAAAUGUGUCCUUUCUCUGCAUGAUUUCAUUCUUUGAAAUUAUUAUUUUUUUUUGUAUGGCUUAUAAAAAAAAUAACUUUUUUUUGUUAUGUUUUAUUUUAAUUUCCUAGCUAGCCUUUUGUA